GAGCUGCGCUGCAGAGUUGAAGCGCAGCAGCCCGGAGUGCUCAGCAGCGACUUCACCGCCGUGCAACUUUUGAUGACCGGGUCUUGGUGCUGUCGAUGAGCGCCUUACAAGUGCUUUGCUGGUGAAGAUUUGGGAAUCCAUUCCCCACAAUGAAACUGCUGGUUUGUGUGGUGGCAGUCGUCUUGGCGGUGAGAUCUACCCACGCAGGGGCCAACCUUGACGAGCCAUGUUCCGGUCUGGACUGCAGUGGAGGAUGCAGGUGCAACCCGGAAAAGGGCUCCAGGGGUCGUCCUGGGCCCCUCGGUGAAGUGGGUCAGAGUGGGCCAGAGGGUCCUCGUGGCAUCCCAGGUGCUUCCGGGCCCAAAGGAGAGAAGGGUCAUAUUGGGCUGAAAGGACCGUCCGGCCCAAAAGGAGACAAAGGACCUAUGGGAGUACCAGGAUUCCAAGGAAAUGAUGGCGUGCCUGGUCACACUGGUCAGCAGGGUGGCAGAGGACCACCAGGACUGGAUGGCUGUAAUGGAACACAAGGGGAACCCGGAUACCCUGGCUUUGGCACUGGAGUGCCCGGACCUCCUGGAUUUACUGGUCCUAUUGGGCCAAAGGGUCAGAAAGGAGAACCUCGAUACAUCACUGAUGGCGGUGACAUCACUGGUUUGCCAGGCGUUCCAGGACCAGACGGUCAACCUGGUUACCCAGGUCCCAAUGGUCCAGUUGGCUUCAUGGGUCCACCAGGUCCUGAAGGCUUCCCCGGCCCACCUGGUCCUCCUGGUCCACCAGGACCAAUGGGAAGUCGUAGUGAUGGAUAUCAAGGCGAGAAAGGAGACAAGGGUGACGUGGGCAUUCCAGGACCCAGUGGUACUCCAGGAGACGGUUCACUGAGAAGCGAACAAACACUUACUAUCUACAAAGGAGACAAGGGGGAACCUGGAUGGAAGGGGGUCCGUGGCUUCCCCGGAAACCGUGGUUCUCCCGGCCCUUUUGGUUUCCGCGGCGAACUGGGAGAGAAAGGCAUUCCCGGGUACCCAGGAGCAAGAGGUCCUUCAGGUUUUAACGGACCUCCCGGUGCACCUGGACAACAGGGAUACAGAGGAGGUCCAGGAUUCCCCGGACAACCCGGAUACAUCGGACCCAAGGGAGACCAAGGAGAACCUGGAAUCCCAGGACCUCCUGCUUAUGUCAGUGGUCCUGGCACUUUUGUUCAAGGUCCACAAGGCGAACCAGGUUUUAAUGGGCUUCCAGGUGCCCCUGGUGACCAAGGACCUCCAGGUUUCCCAGGACCACCCGGCUCACCAGGAAUUGGGGGUUUCGGUCCAGGUCGUCCCGCCAGCCAGGGCUUCCCGGGAACGCCAGGUCCAAAGGGGGAGAAAGGUAACCCCGGUAUACCUGGAUAUGGUUCUGAAGGAUUCCCAGGAUCCCCCGGGCUUCCAGGGUCCCCUGGCCCUCCUGGACCUCCAGGCCCCUCCAGCCGGCCCGUUGAGCCCUGCGUCAUCUAUCCCGAUGGUCCCGACAGGCCCGAUACCCCGGAUGGUGGCGCCUCCAGAAUUCCCGGGUCUCCAGGGCAGCCUGGCCUCCGGGGUCCACCGGGUAAUGUAGGAUUUAAAGGCUUUAGAGGCGAUCCUGGCGACUGCCGAUGUCUCGGAGGCGGCACCUCAGGGUUGCAGGGGCCUCCUGGGCCGCCAGGUACUAAUGGUAGCCCAGGCUUCCCUGGACCAAAGGGUGAGCCUGGUGACAGCUCUUCAUCUGGCUUUCCUGGCCUUCAGGGAGCCCCUGGUCGUGCUGGUGAAAGGGGCUUCUUUGGCCGUAAGGGUGAAAAGGGAGAGUCUUAUUACCUUAAUACUGGCGUGGGUGGGAAGGGAGAGCUUGGAGCAACAGGACCCAGAGGACCUAAUGGAGAAACAGGAAAACCAGGCAGGGACGGCUCGCCUGGCUUCCCUGGACUGCCUGGCCCCCCCGGGGACGCCGGCUUCGGCACAUUUGGAGAGAAAGGCUUCCCAGGGUUCCCGGGUGCCAAGGGUCGUCCUGGAGGACCUGGCGAGCCUGGCGUUGGCUUUGCGGGUACACCUGGUUUCCGAGGAGAGCCCGGAGAGCCCGGUUUAUCUGGGUUGCCAGGUGCACCAGGUUUGCCUGGACCAAAAGGUGAAAACAGCUGUGGAGAGGUUAUUGACGACGGAGAGGGAACGGGCCAAGCACUGCCCUGCUCCAUAGCCGGUGGAAAUGGAGAUCCUGGUUUCCCUGGUGUUCCUGGAAGACCAGGUCCCAAGGGUCAGCCAGGCUUCCCAGGAGGUCCUGGUCGUCCAGGGUUUGAUGGUGCCAAAGGAGAGAGAGGAGACCCGGGUUUUGGGGGACAGCCUGGACCACAAGGUUUUCCUGGUCCCAGGGGGGAUUCCGGCGGUCCUGGUAUUCCAGGACAGGGUUUUGAUGGCGGCAGAGGGAAGGAUGGCGUUCCAGGGAUCCCUGGAGCCAAAGGCCAGCCUGGUGAAGUCCUGGGAGCCACACCAGGACCUCCUGGUCGGGAUGGUUUUCCUGGAGUCCCUGGAGACAAGGGCCAGCCUGGGACACCAGGAGCUCCUGGAUCACCUGGUCUUGAUGGGCGCUCAGGUGUUCCUGGUCUUAAGGGCGAACGUGGAGUGGAUGGUCUUCCUGGGUUUCCGGGUCUGCCUGGACUCCCCGGUGAACCAACAUUUGGCAUCCCGGGUUCACCAGGACCAAGUGGCAGCAAGGGUCUGAGCGGGCCGCCAGGUUUUCCUGGUAGAAAAGGAGACCGAGGAGAUCCGGGCUUCCCAGGUCCUGCUGGCAUGAAGGGAACUCCAGGACUGCCCGGCACACCCGGUUCGCCAGGGCAAAGGGGUGCCCCUGGACCUGCAGGUCCAGGAACCAGAGAGGGAUUCCCAGGAACACCAGGAAGGAAGGGCGAACCAGGUUUCCCAGGACUGAUGGGCUUCCCCGGACUCCCAGGCCGUCCUGGAACACCAGGAAUUCCUGGAGGAAAAGGAUUCGCUGGGGGCCCUGGAAGAGAUGGACUUUCGGGUGGAUCUGGCUACCCUGGACAGAAAGGUGACAGAGGACUGCCCGGUCCACCGGCCCCUCCAGUUUCAAUAGCUGCACUGAGGAGAGGAGAACCGGGAAUCCCUGGAGGGAGCGGCCUUCCUGGCUUUACUGGACCGAGAGGUGACAAAGGUCUGCCAGGCCUGCCGGGUCGUCAGGGUCUGCCUGGACUUCCAGGUUUUGCUGAACAGAGUAAAGGACAGCCAGGGCAGCCCGGUUUUCCCGGGCAGCCUGGAUUUCCAGGUGGCCCUGGGCCUAAAGGUGAAGCUGGAAUUACGGGAUUCCCUGGCAUAUCUGGACCAAGGGGAGAUGAUGGAGCGCCCGGAAUCCCUGGCAACUCUGGACAGCCUGGUCGUCCCGGAAACAAGGGUCAACCCGGAGAGUUUUAUGCCUAUCCUGGUGCUCCAGGACUCAAAGGGCAGCCGGGAGAGUCAGGGUAUCCAGGUGGCCGUGGUAACAAUGGUGCACCUGGUAAUGAUGGUACUCCUGGAAGUCCAGGCUUCUCUGGAGUCAAGGGAGGACCAGGAGAAGCCGGCCGUCCCGGAAUAAUGGGUUCACCUGGGUUUCCUGGACCAAAGGGUCAGUCGGGAUACCCUGGAAAUAGAGGGCCAGAUGGGACCCCUGGUCUCCCUGGAGGCCCUGCAGGUCCUGGACCCAAAGGUCUUCCUGGGUCUCCCGGUUUGGAUGGACUUAAUGGCCUCCGUGGACCUAAAGGCCUCCCUGGAACGCCAGGUGCAAGUGGAGGAAGGAGACCCGGUACCCCAGGUGUGCCGGGGUUAAAGGGCGAGAGAGGCAUUUCCUACCCUGGAGCACCAGGCUUCCCAGGACAGAAGGGCGAGAGAGGAGAGCCAGGUGGUCCUGGACUCACAGGUUUUCCCGGUCGUCCCGGCCCCGCUGGUCAGUCAAUCGGCUCCGACAUCCCUGGUCCACUGGGAGAUCCCGGCCUUCCAGGGCUGGAUGGAGAGUACGGUUUAAGUGGUCCACCAGGCCUUCCUGGACCACCUGGGCCAGGCACAGACCAGGGGGAUCGUGGUGAUUCUGGGCUCCCAGGUUUCCCUGGAGGUCCUGGCAAGAAAGGAGAACCAGGGAUCCCUGGAGGCCCAGGACUCCCAGGCAGUCCUGGCUUCAAAGGACUACAAGGUGAGAGUGGGUUCAGCGGCGGUCCAGGUCUUAAAGGUUUUCCCGGUGACCCUGGUUACUAUGGAGGCAAAGGAGCCAAAGGAUUUCGAGGCCGUCCGGGUCCGAAGGGUCGGCCUGGUGUCUCACUGCCAAGGGUACCUCAAGACUUUGAGCGAACCUUUGGUGAUAUUGGCAUCCCAGGUGAACCUGGAGUUCCUGGCUUUACUGGAGAGCCCGGUCAGCCUGGAAUGCCUGGACGUCCGGGUCCAAAGGGUCGUCCAGGUUCUGUUGGUAAAUUGGGCAGGACUGGUUCUGUUGGUGCACCGGGACCACUUGGUGACCCUGGUCCUCCUGGUUUCCCUGGAACCAGUGGGGAACAAGGUCUUCCUGGUGCUGUCGGUCGGCCCGGAAAUCCCGGCACGGUGGGGCGCAGCAUCAGUAUUGGUUACACGCUGGUGAAGCACAGUCAGAACUCGCAGGUCCCCAUGUGUCCUCAAGGCAUGGCCAAGUUAUGGGACGGGUACAGCCUGCUGUACGUGGAGGGUCAGGAGAAGGCACACAACCAGGACCUCGGUCAACCAGGGUCCUGCCUCCCUAGGUUCAGCACCAUUCCCUUCCUCUACUGCUCCCCCAACGAGGUGUGUUACUACGCGAGCCGAAAUGACAAAUCCUACUGGCUCUCAACAACUGCGCCCAUUCCCAUGAUGCCCGUCGCCCAUAAUCAGAUCCGACCUUACAUCAGCAGGUGUUCUGUCUGUGAGGCUCCAUCUCAGGCAGUGGCGGUUCACAGCCAGGACUUGACCAUACCCAACUGCCCCCCUGGCUGGAGGAGUCUCUGGAUAGGCUACUCUUUCCUUAUGCACACGGCGGCGGGAGCUGAGGGUGGCGGUCAGUCAUUGGUGUCCCCCGGCUCGUGCCUGGAGGACUUCCGUGCGACGCCAUUCAUCGAGUGCAACGGGGCUAAGGGGACCUGCCAUUACUUUGCCAACAAGUACAGCUUCUGGCUCACCACGGUGGACCCCAACCAUGAGUUUGUGUACUCGCCUGCGCAGGAGACCCUGAAGGGAGGCCAAGAGCGCUCCAAAGUCAGCCGCUGCCAAGUCUGCAGCAAAGUCUUGUAGAAGAGGAAAGAAAAUGUAUACAAGCAAGAACACAUGACUGAAAAGGAGGCUCCUCUGCUUCAGGAUAGUUUAUCUUUGUGGUCCCCCUUUAGGAAUGAAUGUCUUAUCGGGAAGAGAAAUAACAAGUACGGCGGGAGAGAAGGGUUACGCUCUCCACUAGAUUAUCACUGACAAUAUGGUGCUAUUGUUUGUGUUGUAUUGUUUGUAUUGUCUUUGCUCCUGUUACCAUUCCCGGCUACCUCGGAGCGUGUGCCAACCGUUCCGCGAAGCACUGCGUUAACUGCGGCAAAAAGUCCAUUCAUAGCCUCCAUUAUAGCGUCUCUUCUAAAAAAUCAUUCAUGUACCGACACAUUUCAUUAUGCCACACAUAGGACAACCCUGAAUUGUUUUUAUGUGAUCAUGGCGACAGUAUUAUUUGGGAGAUGUUUGCCCUUACUUUUUUCUGUCGCACAGCACAGCACUUUUUCAUUUUUUCCAUACAUCAUUUUCGACAGUUGUUUUUGUUUUUUGGGGGCAACAAGAUUUAUUUACAGAAUAGUAAUGACAGAAAAGAUUCAGGGCAGACUUGUCCCAGGUGCUAAAUGAACCUGCAUGCAUUGAGUCAAAUAAAAGCAGCACUUUUUUUUCCACGAGAUCCCUCACAGAGCUAGCCAACACCAGUUAUGGAUGACUUGAAUGAGGCCACCGCCAUACAGUAUAUUUUGCACUGACAAUGUUUUGGAAUAAAUAUGACAAACCAACACACCACUUCCCAGGCUUUUAAUCUCUUUACACCAGGAGUGUCCAAACCUCUAGGUCAGUACACGCCAGGCCAACUGAAACGAGCAUCUUAGCUUUAUGUUAAGAAUAAUAUGUAAUAGGGAAUUAAUGAGUUAAUUUCAUUUUGUAGAAUAAAAAAAAAAGAACUGCGGGCCUAAAACGGUUAAUUUAAUCAACCCAGCUGUACAGCUGUAAACCCUUUCCACUUUCACAUAGAAUGUUAAAUAUUGCUGUACAUAGAAUUUACUGUAUUUCCCUGCAUUUUUUUUUUUAAUUUUCAGCACAAACAGUAAUGCUUGUAGUUUGUUUUUAUUGUUGAAAUGUGACUUUCUGCUUUUAAAUGUGUUUAUUUCAUCAUAAAUAUAUAAAAACAAAAUUGCAAACAUAUAAAUGAGUCAAAUGAAUCCCUGUCUGGUGGAAGCUUCUUGGGGACUUGGAACCACUAUGACCACAUGGCUUUUCUGGCAUUUGUUGUUGUGUAAUCUAGAAUGUAAUUAUUUUUACUUAAGUCAUGAUACUAGCCCCUCUUUUUAUUUAGCGGGAUGGAGGGAAUGGGCAGGCAAAAAACCUUUUAGGACUGUUUUAUAUGGUUGGUUAAAAUAUGUGAUGCAUCCAGGACCAGCAGUAAUACAAAUAAAUGUGGUUUUCCUCAAACAACAAAUCAGACCUUUAAUGGAAAUGUGUAUUUCUGUGCUCACACCACUUUUAUUUCAAAACAAUGCAGAAUGAGUUGACCCCAAACAGUUGAAGUGGAUUUUUUUGAAAUGGAAUAUUUUUCUAUGUGUGAUGCUCAUGUUUGUCCGCUUGCGGAGAAUAUAAAGUGUGGUUUGUGUUUUGUCAAAGAGAUCGAUGCUGUAUGCUGAGCUAAAACCAAAUUAAAACGUUAAACUCAU